AGAUUACAAACUAACAUUUUCGAGAAAAACAGUCUUGGUUCUGAUAUUGGAACAGCAGGUCGUGAAGGCACUUACAUUGAUAUUGUUGGUGCUUCUGAAAACUCAGCACAAAACUGUCUAGACUUUUACUACAAAAAUGUGUAUCUUGUUAGUAACACACAGUUUCAAAACAAUAUCAGGUCACUGUUGAAAUGCCCAUGUAGUUUAGAGAGACUGGACUACCAGUGGACACUUGUUGAAAAGAGAAGCAAUGACAACAUUUACUGCUAUGCUAUAUCUUCCAUUUACAAGAGAAGGGAACUACCAAAUAACUCUUUAAACAGGCUUUGCUGUUACCAAUAUAAAAACCCAACUAGUAACAGUUGGGAAGCAACACAACAAGCUGCUAGAGAAUCAUUCUAUGUUUCUGGUGUAGCAGAUUCUGGAAACAUUUUAACAGAAAGUCCUUUCCCAGAGAACAGACGUCAGUCUUUGGAGAAAGAUUUAACCCCCAAGAUUUGGUGUUGUCAGGAAUCAGAUCUUUGUGAACUCUACAGUAAAGUUCGGCCUGACCCUGGGUGUACUUUAGACUCACCUUUUAUCUCUGCUUCCUCAUUUGGUGAUCCUCACAUGACCACAUUGGAUGAUAAUGAGUAUACACUAAAUGGAUUGGCAGAGUAUAUUAUGCUUAAUGUUCCUGAAAAAUUUAUGAUGCAGGCAAGAACGGAUCGUGUAGCGCUAUCGAAUGAAUCAUUUACCAAUGCCACAGUGUUUGUAGCUUUCGCCGUCAGUGAGGACAAUCGCUCAUCUACAUUACAAGUUGAACUUUCCCUGAAGAAAACUUCCAUGAUUAUCUAUGCUGACACUAUAGACUUCACUACUGACUUCUAUAAGACCUCCGCCUUCAAGCAAACUCUAAAGAAUUUCGUCAUUUUGAGAGAAGAUAGUGGAAAUAAAACAAGACUGGUGGCAUCCUUUACAACUGGUAUAACAUUGAAAAUAUUUAUGGGUUUACAAAGUCUUGAGUUCACAGUACAAGCUGACAUUAAGUUACGAAACCAAACCCAAGGACUUCUGGGUAACUUUGAUGGGAAUCCAAACAAUGACUUUAUCCUGCCGAAUGGUACAGUGUUGACAGCUAAUCAGACUAACACAGAGAGGAAAAUAUUUGAAAACUUUGGAAAGAUGUGGGAAGUAAGUGAUAACGACACUGUCUUCGAUUACAAUUUUGGGGACACUGCAGCUACUUACAGACAUCCAGAUUUUGUUCCAAUGUUUAUAGAAGAAGUUGAUCAAGUAAAACUAGCAGCAGCUCAAGCUAAAUGUGGCUUUUCCAAUGUUGCUUGUAUAUUUGAUUAUAUUGCAACUGGAAAUGAUGAAUUUGCUAAAAACACUAAGAACACAAAAUUAAAGACUAGUGCUGCUGUUGCAUCUCUUAAAAACAGUUUACCUGUGCUCAACUUGAAUCAAAGUUUGAACAAUGACAGCCAGUGGGAGGUGACAGAAAACAGAACAAACGCCAUAAGAGUUGUAGCAACAGAUGCAGAUAAAGACAAUGUCACUUAUAAACUAGUCAGUCCAUCACCUAGAGUCAGUGUAUCGGGUGAUGGUAUUAUUACCUACAGCCCUGAUGUUAGCAACAUUGUUUCCAUUCAAGUCUAUGCUGUAGAUUCCAAAGAUGGCCAGUCUAAUAUAAUCACUAUACCCACUGCAACAUGUAGCAACUGUAGUGGACAUGGGCAGUGUGAUAAUAGCAGAGUACUUAAUGUUUCUGAUACUUCAAUUUUGUUUGCCUGCAACUGUUUUCCUGCUUAUACAGGUGAUUAUUAUUAUUAUUAUUCAAUAAUAUAUAGACAGAUUUCAACAUAA